UGACACAGAGAGCAAGCACUGGCUUGAAGAAAGAGCUCACGUAUCGGCUACAGCGACCCGUGGAAGAUCCCAUCUGCUCAUCCCCUCAUCCUUCCCUCCCCGCAUCCUAUCCUCCCGCGGCGGCACCGACGGGAGUUACAGUGCCGGUUCUUUUCGCAGAACUCCGCUUAUCCGUGUGGGAUAAAACGGCAAGAGCGAGGGAGUGGGACAGCGAGAGAGUGAGAGGGAGAAAGCGAGAGAGCCAGUCGCCAUGGGAAUCCCCGUGCCCACGGAACUGCUCCUGCUGCUGCUGCUGACCUCUGGGCUGCGCGAGAUGGCCGAGGCAUGCAGCUGCAUUCCUGCCCACCCCCAACAGCAGUUCUGCCACUCGGAGAUAGUGAUCCGGGCAAAGAUCUCAGGGGAGAAGAUUGUGUCUCCAGGCAACAACUCAUCACCCUACAUGAAGCUGAUCCAGUAUGAAAUCAAGCUGAUCAAGAUGUUUAAAGGGUUUGAGAAGGUGAAAGACAUUCAGUAUGUCUAUACGCCGGUGUUCUCCUCCCUUUGUGGGAUCCAGCUGGACUCCAGCAACAAGGUCCAGUAUCUGCUGUCAGGGAACAUGCUGAGCGACGGCAAGGUCUCCAUCGGGCUGUGCGAUUUCAUAGAGCCCUGGGACAACCUCUCCAUGUCCCAGAAAAAGAACCUCAACUACCGAUACCAAAUGGGCUGCAACUGCAGAAUCGCCACCUGCUACACGGUACCCUGCUCCACCACCAUGGAGAACGAGUGUCUGUGGACAGACUGGCUGAUGGACAACAGCUUGGCUGGGGAGCAGGCGCGGCAAUUCGCCUGCAUCAAGCGCAGCGACGGCUCAUGCAGCUGGUACCGAGGGGGGGCACCUCCCGAGAAGGACUUCCUGGAUAUAUCUGACCCCUGAUGUGUGUGUAUGUAUCUGUGUGUAUGGGAGGGGGAGGGGGACUGGGGAAGGGAGGGGGUUGAAAGCAGGCCCCACUACAGAAGUUGAGUUUGGGAGGGGGGCACUACAGGUUCUCCCACAGUCAAGUGCAGGGUUUUUCAACCUUUGUUAAACCAGCUUAUGCAUAUGGUCUAAUAUUUUAUCAAUUUAUGUUAUGUCUUUCCGGGCCCCCCUGCACCUGCUCUAUGGGUGAAAAGGGGGUCUUGGAGUUUAGGGUUACUCCCGAUCUAAUGCAUUCUGUUCAUAGGGCCCCAUGUCUCACCUCAAAAUUGCUGGUAUGAAUGUAAUAGAGAGAGCCAAUCAGUAUGAGCAGAGGAAACCACCUGACUCAGGUCAGGGUCCCCUUUUUACGUACUAACACACCUAAAUUCCCAUUCAGCUGUUGGCCCAAAACCCCCCAUUUGGAUACCUUCACCUCUAAGGGUCUCCAAGCCCUGAAUUCCUAGAUAAUAAAUGUUCCUUCUUAAGUAACAGAAAAAAAUGGCACCUUUCUUAAUAACUAUUAUAGCUAUAAGUGGACAUCACACCUCAUUUCUUAAGAGGAAUUAUUUAGUAAGAGGUACAAUAAGAGUAUCCCACACAAAAUAUACAGGCAGAUAAUACAUUUUCAUGUUAGUCAUUGAAAUUAAGUAAAUCCUUAAAAAAUGCCUAAUUGCUGCCUCCCCUGCACUAAUGCUUCUAUUUUUAUUGGCUUCGUAAUGUUUUGUCUAUCUUCACAUGAUCCCAAGAGAGAGAUUUCUCAGGGAAAGAACAUUUCCUUUAUUAAUUGGGAAACUAUUUUAGAAAUGUGUUUAAAAGUACUUAAAAAGAAGUUUUUAGCCAUCAUGUUAAAGAACAACAUUUCAGAUGCCCCAGACCAAACACUUUCUGUAACAGAUUAUAUUUUGGGAUUCCCCUUUUUACAACUGUGUACAUCUGAAUGUAAAUAUUUGAAACAAUAUUAACAGCUUAAAUAUUCACUGCAAAAAAAUAGUAAAUACAUCCAUUUUUAUGAUUUACAAUACAUUCAGUAUAUAAUUGUUAUUGGUGUAUUUUGCGUCUUAUCGUUACAUUUUAUAAACUUUCUUUUUGUGCCAAAAACCUAAUACGUUGCUAUAACAACAGCAUAAGUAGUAAGAAUGUGAUUGUUUGUAGCGGUUUUAUAUACAAAGGGAUGUUUGUAUGGAUAUUUAUGUCUCUUUUGCUGUCAAUAUAUAGUUGGAAUUUUCUAUUUUAUUGUACCAAAAAUGUUGUUUAUAAAAAUCUUUCGGUAGUGUUCAAGUUCAUCUGAUUUCCUGUUUUCUGGUUGGUUCCCUCCCAGCAUUACAAAUCCCAGAAAUAAUUCUCAAUAAAACAUGAUUCCUGUCCAUGGAAAAUAAAAAUAUGUUAUUCACAGUAA